UUAUCACACUUAUGAGACGAUGCGCUGAGCUCAUAAACCAGGUUGCUACUUCCAAGGACAUGGUCAUACUUAACAGUUAAUCAAAGGUUAAACAAUCUACUGUGGCGUAUAUACUGUGGCAUCAAUUGUGUCGUAUAGUGGGAAUAAAAGAGACUCUUUGUGAUUGUACGUGGCUUUAUUUUUUCGAGCUAUAUAUAAAAUAUAAUUGUUAGUCAUUCCCAUCAGGUAACUCAACUAUCUUUCUCCUCUCCACUGGACAGUCAAUCUUACAUUCCAAUUGUAAACAACAUAUUUCACAAUAUACGUAUUUUGAUUUAAAAAUAGCAACUGUAAAUUAAUCAUCUUGACAUAGAAGCGAUUGCAAUGACAUAACAAAAUCAACUAUCUUCAAUGUCAAUGUCAAAUAUCUUCUUUGUCUUUAAUUGAAAUAAGUUAUCGUCGCCGAUAACAAUUUAAUCUUGUGUAUUUUUAUCAGUAUGAUAUCAUUUUUAAAUCGAAACAAAAACAUAAAUAGCGAAAAGGAAGUUAGAGCAGACAAAUGAACGUUUUAAUAAACUGACACACACUACAAUUUAAACUUAUGAUUAUUUAGAAUAAGAAACACCGAGAAGACAUGGCUUAUAAAAAUCCUGGACGACUAGAAGUUAGAGAAAUCCGUUUUUCAAGAGAUGUUAUCGAUGAAAAGUUUGAUAAUGGGAAGAAAAUGAGUGAUGUUUUGAGUGAUCUUAAGACAGGACUUUUAGAUUUAGAUACACUGCCGCAAAUUACAGUAGUGAAGAAAGCUAAGGUGUUCUUCACACUUGACAACAGGCGGCUAUGGGUGUUAAGAGAGUACGCAAAAUUCUUAGAAGAAAGCAGAAAUGAGAUUUUACGAGUACCUGUUAAAAUUGAGAAUUUGGCAAGGCUUGGAACCACUUGGUUGACAACGACGAGCGAAGGCGAGUUUGUUGAAGUGCAACAUAGUGGGCCAACUGAAGCUUAUGCGAAUGUUGUAACUGUUCAGUUGUUUGAGAUACGUUAUAGCAGCGAUUACAUUAUUGGAAAAAACAUGGAAAAGAAAUUUGACGCACAAUUUGGUAGUAUACACGAACGUGCCAAAUUACCAGUGCUUCAAGUUGUCAAAAAACAAGAUAUUCUAUAUGCUCUAGAUAACGAUCAACUCUGGAUGCUUAAACAAUGGUAUAGAUAUAACUGUGUGGAUACUGAGGGAAAACAAUCAAUGUCUCAUUCAAGUGAAAAUGACAACGAUGUCGAUAUUUGUGAAGAUUUUAUAAUUAAGGUUGAACUGCGACCAUAUAAGGAACUUCCGGAACACUUUAGUACUUUAGAUGCUGGAAAAAAUAUUGAACUUCGGAAUAGACAACCGAAACAUGGAGUACAAAAAUAUAAGGCACUCACUAGACAAGAGGCAAGUCAAAACAAACAGGUCAUUAAGAAAUAUUGCGAAAAGGUCAACAAAGUAGAAAAUAGAAGAAGACUUAAAUCAAAAUAAUCUGAAAAUACUAUUAAAUCAAAGAUAAUAAAACAGGGAAGAUAAUAUAAAAUGGUUUUGCGAUAGGAAUAGGGGAAAUUUUUAUAGAUACAAUUUUGUUUGAAUAUAAAAAAAAUUAUCGACACAAAAAUUUAGUCAAUUGAUUAUUCUGUAUGAAUGUUUUAAAUAAAAUGACUUUUUAUCUUUUUUAUCAUUGUGAAUUUUAAUACUUUAUGAUAUACCCCUGAUUGUUUAUUUUGUGGUUCUCUUUCGAUAGACUUUGAUCAUCGUUUACAAAUUGAACAAUGUAAUCGAGAAAUAUGGAAAUUGUUUGUUUGUAAAUGUAUAUGUUGCUUAACCUUGGCCUUCAUGGUAAUACCAUUUUGCCGUGACUUUUUGUUUAUAUUCAUAGAGUUCUUUACUAUAUAUUCAUUUCAUUUAUGAUUUUGUCUAUUCAGCUUCCUCCAAUGAGGCUUAACAAUUUUGACUUUCAGAAAAUAGUUACGAAUGAAUCCUUUCCAAAUAUUCUGAUAGAAUUAUCCAGUAUGAUAUAUCAAUAACAAUGACAAGACAUUCUUUUAUUUUUCUCAUUUUAUUCACGAUUCAUUUUCAUGUUAAUGUUCAAUUUAAUUCAACUACAUUGAGAAAAUGUUGAAAUAAAAAGAUAAUCAGGCAAAAUUAUUAUAAUAAUAAUAUAAUACAAAGCGGUAUAGAGAGGAGGUUGAUAAAAUAAGAUAAAACAUAUGUUUCAUUUAUCAGUCUGAUAAAAACGUUUUUGUGAUUCAAAGUUUAAUUCACAUAAUAAAAAUUAGAUAUAUAUUGUAUGUCACAUAUCGUUAUAUAUCAAAUAAAUGAAUAAUGAAUAAAUAAAUACUUGAAAAGCAGGUAA